CCCGGAACUAAAAGUUGACAUCACAGUUUGUAGUCCCAAGGAUCCCUCUAUGUUGUCCAACACAUCAACAGGCUGUGACAGUUUCCAAGGCAAUGGCGUCUAGUGAAACCAACUUUCAUACAUUUGUACGAAAUCUUGAUGCACUGAUAAGUGACUGCGACCGAAGACGGGAGACGACAGACCUAAACGAAAUACAUGUCUUUAUCGAACGAAUCUUUGCCAUCACAACAAAGGCAUCAAGACUGGAAAGUGCAUGCCGAUUGAUGCCGAUUGAUGAUGAAUUCAGAGGAGCAAUUUCGGAAGUCGCCAGAGAACUACGUGUCCUUCUCAAGAAAUGGAAUGAAAAACGCAAACACGCCCUACCGAAGCCAAAACGCGUAGAAACGUUUUCGCCCGCUGAAGAUGUGAAAGGGGAUGGACCAGGGAGACCGCGAAAGAACAUUCCCAUAGAAGAUGUGUUGCAUGACAUCCUAGAUUUAGACUACUCAAUCACAGACAUUGGAAGGAAGUACCAUGUCGACCGAUCAACUAUAUAUAGACGUCUGAAAGAAGUGGGUAUCAACAUCCAGCAGGAGAGAUACAGCGAGAUUUCACAGCAGGAAAUUGAAGACAUAGUAAGGGAAGCACAGCUUUGCCAUGGCUUUAAAGAAAUGGGCCAAAAAGUUUUUUAUGGGUACUUGAGAUCGAUAGGUAUACGUGUGAGACGAAGAGAUGUUCGUCAAGCUUGCCAAAAUGCAGAUCCUUUAGGCACGGCUCUUCGCCACCCGAUGUUUAGGACAAGAAUUUUAAGCCAUACGUGUUACGACGCGUAUUACGCGCAGCAUGUUUGGCAUUUGGAUGCUGUUGAGAAACUACAAAUGUUUGCGUUCUAUUCAAAUUCGAUCGUGGAUGGGUAUAGCACAAAGGUGAUGAAUGUUAACAUCGUAGGUAGCAAGAGGCAAUGCCACGUUUUCAAGACAUUCUACCAAGCAUACAAUUUGUAUGGGAUCCCAGACAUGGUACGCAUCGACAAAGGAUACGAAAACAUGGAUGUGAAAGUUUUCAUUGACGCCUAUCAUCAGCGAGAAGCAGGAAUUCAGGGACAGAGCAUUAGAAACGUCCGUGUUGAGAAAUGGCACCAGUAUGAAGAGAGAUAUUGCCUAUACACAUACAAGAAUCUGUUCAAAGACCUGGAGCGGGAAGGGUACCUUGACCGGUCAAAUGAAGCUCACCUUAUGAUUCUACAUUAUAUAUUUCUGCCACGAAUCAACAACAAGAUGGAAUUAACAGUUCAGUCAUGGAACAGUCGACAUUCUAGCAGCUUGAAUCACCAUAGUCCGGACAGAGUUUGGGAAGACUCUGCAAAUUCCUUGGCAAAUGCAGAGAGAAGGGCAUCGAAAGAAAUACCUCCACCCAAACAGGCUCAAAAAUAUAACGAACAAAUUGACAUGACCGAUUUCAACAGCACUUAUGGACACCUAACAGAUCAACAGCUUCGGGAUCCUAGGGUGGCAGUGAUGCCAGAGGACUUGAGGGACUUCUUGGAUGAACAUAUCAGGGAAGAUAAUGGAAGAGACAACGACUUGGGAAAAGGAGACUACAUGAGAGCACUAGAGCUGACAGCACAAUGGAUUCAAUCAAGGGAAGGCAACAAUGCUGUGUGAUGAUUGUGUGAGUGAGACCCACAAUGAGCUACACUACCCCCUCAGUGCACCCUAUCCAGGCCAGACCUGCCCACGUAGGAUUGGGGCAAACCCUGCACACAUGGACAUAUCCCCAGAGGCUUUAGCCAAGCAGGAACAGGGCUAUCAGACUGCAGUUUUAGUGUACUCCUGUCCAGUCGACUGACUGCGAAACAUUCUACAUUCUACCCUAUGGAAGCUCAUUGAGAAGUGUAGCAGGUUCCAGAGCCCUAGGUCAGAAAUUGGCAGGAAAUAGGAGUGUGAUGCCCUCCAAGCUAAGGCCAGACCGCAGGAGUUCCUUGGUUUGCUGGGUACAGGUGCGGGGAGGCAAAGCAGGUGGGCGGGGUGUGCAACAACAACAGGAAGCCAUGCUGUCUGGAACUCAGGUGUCCAUGCUGUGGUGCAAGACCAGGAGGGGAACCCUGUAUCAGGUGCCAGGAUGUUUACUGAGGACUGCCCACAGAAUGUGUCUGUGGAACCUGAGAAAGGCACUUUCAAGAUGCUACCAUCAGGACAGCAUAGGCUGCGGGUCGAAGCACAGGUUCUGGAGUUGCUGACCAAACAUAAUGGCCUGAUGCAGGAUCGCCAGUCGCUGUGCCAGGAAGUGGAGUUCCUCCCCAGCCAGAUGUCCAACCCAGACUCUUUGAUCUGUAUGGGUCGCCCCCAAAAUCGACAAUGGUCCAGUGGAUUUGUGAAAUAUUUGUAGCUAGUUUGUAACCUAAUUCCCUUAGGACUUCAAAUUGCAGAUUUUAAUCCAUCCGUUUGUGUUUGUGUCAGGUGACUCUUCUUACCUCGUCACAAAACAGUAUGGGUAAAGACAGGCUGGGAUAUUUGACUGCCUUGUUUGUAAUCUCUUUUCACUAGGGCUACUGUAAAAACCUUCGAAAUAAAAUAAACUAACAGUAGAAAUGUCUCCUUAAAAAAUUGUCAUAUGCCAAACGUACAGUUUGAAAUUUCAUGUAUAUGUUCAUGUUAAAUGUCUGUUCUUGGUGAAAAGUUUAGUGACUAAAUAGAGGUAAUGCAAAUUAUUUUGUGCACACAUCUGAUGUAAAAUCGCUUACUUCAAAAGAUUGCUUCGACUAGUUUGUGCAUAUGCAGUAAAAUGAAGACAUUGGAAGCUUUCAAUUUGAAAGAAACUAAGUUUCAAUAAAUAGGAUCGUGAGUUUGAAUGAAUAGAAGAUAGCAACUCUACCUACAUGCCACAAUGGAUCUUGUUGUCUUUAGAAUCUUCUAAAAAUAAUGUUGUCAUGAGAAGAUAUUAAUUUGACCAAACAGAUAUUGAUUUUUCUAUACCAGUGUUAUUCAUUUUAUCACCUGUGUAUUUGUAAUAGCAUUCAUAUAGUUAGCAAGACAACAUUUUACUAUACUCAGCUUGAAGUUGAUUUAGAACACCAUGUUGCUAUAGAUACAAAGAGCUGUCAGUAAAAGCCUGGAUCUUUA